UAUUGCCUACUGUCAGCAGAAUAUUCGCGUUGGACGCUGUUUCCGCCUGCACACCCGCACCAUCCGGAUGUCUUAAAAAAGAUCUUGCUUCGCACACCUCUCGCUACUUGUACUCUCAGUUCUUGUCCGAUAUGCCAAACUUCUAAGCUUCACAACACCCGAUUGAGCUGACCCAACACUGGCUGCAAGAAUGCCCUCAUGGCUACCCUCAAUCCCUUACCCUCCUCCAGACCAGCCAGGCUACUGGGACCCGGUCACAUCGACUCUACAAUGGUGUGAAGAGGACUACUAUGCGACCUACUAUUCCGCCGAGAUCAUCAAUACCCUAACGAAUCUCAUGUUCAUAUACCUUGCAUACAAAGGUGUCAAGAGUUGUAAGAAUCAAGGCCAUGACACUGUGUUCGAGGUCGCAUACUUUGGAUACUUCCUUGUCGGCUUCGGAAGUUUUAUGUUCCACACAACGUUGAAAUAUCCAUGGCAACUCGUCGACGAACUAAACAUGAUUUACACAACGUGCCUGAUGGCUUACGCGAGCUUGUCUUAUUCCCGCCCAGCAACCCACCAAGUAGCCCUAGGCCUCUUUCUCCUCGCCUUCUGCGCUGCGAUUACCUUGUACUACCACUACCUACAAGACCCGGUCUUCCAUCAGACCGUCUACGCCUUUCUCACCUUGUUUAUUGUUCUACGGAGCUUGUACAGUAUGGAGUUUAGUUUGCGCCCUUCUCUGCGACAAACCGAAGAGAGACACCGUCUAGAAAGAGUAAGAAAGGGUCUGCCGGUGAUGACCAAAGAGGAGCAAGACUAUGAGAAUAAAAGAGACAUGGAGAUACUCCGAACCAUGUGGUUUUUUGUUGUUUUUGGAGUAUCCAUCUUUUUGGCUGGAUUCGGAAUCUGGAACCUGGACAACCAGUACUGCUCGACCCUACGUAAAUGGCGUCGAGAACUAGGUAUGCCCUGGGGCUUCUUCCUUGAGGGUCACGGCUGGUGGCAUCUCAUGGCCGGGAUCGGCGCAUAUUUUUACAUUCUCUGGGCCAUUCAUCUGCGACACGUUCUCAAUGGCGACCAAGAACAUUUCCGCCUGGUCUGGGACAGAUUCUUUCAGCUACCUGAAGUCGUCAGGAUCUCGGAUCCUCCCAGCAAGGAGAAAAAUUGCAGUGGAGCCAUCAACGGUAGCCUGGAGAACGGUCAUGCGAAUGGAAACACUAAGAAGACGAAAUGAAUCCGCACAUUGCAUCACACUCGCUAAGGAACACUUUUGAAUUGCAUAGGAAUGGCGAAUGGACAUGCUCAAUGUUUGCGUGUGAGUUUAGCAAGUGUCGAGUACUAGAUAGCAUGAUACCCCCAACAUUUGAGCGCAGCCUGAAUGAAUGCUUACCUUACUUUCUCUCAUGCUUUUGGCUUGUUGGUGCUACGUAUACUUCC